CCGGACGGGAAGGCGCUGCCGGCCGGCGGGCGGGGAGUGAGCCCGGGGCGCACGGACUUGCGCGCGGAAGGUCCGCCCGGGGCGGCCGCGGAGUUCCCCGGCGGGGGCGGCAGGCCGGGCGGGGACGAGGUCCGAGGGCCCCGGGAGCGGCAGCCGCGCCGGGAGGUUCGGCCGCGAGCGUGACAUCACGGGGAGGGGCCAGCGCGGCGCCCCCGGCGGGGAGCGGAGCGCGGAGCGCGGAGAGCGCAGCGCCGGAGCCGAGCGGCGGGGAGCGCACGCCGAGGCCCCAUGGAGCGGUACAAAGCCCUGGAGCAGCUGCUGACGGAGCUGGAGGACUUCCUCAAGAUCCUGGACCAGGAGAGCCUGAGCAGCACGGCCGUGGAGAGGAAGAGUGGUCUGGCCGAGCGCCUCCGCCUGUACAUCAAAAGCAGCAGUUCUGAUGAGGAGUACAUUUACAUGAACAAAGUGACGGUCAGCAAGCCACAGAAUGCCGAGUCCCAAGACAAAGCGCCUGAGGAGCAGGGCCCCCAGGCCAACGGGGAGCCCCGCCAGCACGCCACGGCCCCUCAGAAGAGUCUCCCGGACCUCCCGCCCCCCAAGACCAUUCCAGAACGGAAACAGCUCUCCAUCCCAAAGAUCGAGUCUCCAGAGGGUUACUAUGAAGAGGCUGAGCCAUAUGACAUGUCCCUCCAUGAGGACGGAGAGGCCGUGAGCAGCUCCUACGAGUCCUACGACGAGGAUGAAGGCAGCAAGGGCAAGUCGGCCCCCUACCAGUGGCCCUCCCCGGAGGCCAGCAUCGAGCUGAUGCGCGACGCCCGCAUCUGCGCCUUCCUGUGGCGCAAGAAGUGGCUGGGGCAGUGGGCCAAGCAGCUGUGCGUCAUCCGGGACACCAGACUCCUGUGUUACAGAUCCUCCAAGGACCACAGCCCGCAGCUGGACGUGAACUUGCUGGGCAGCAGCGUGGUCCACAAGGAGAAGCAAGUGCGGAAGAAGGAGCACAAGCUGAAGAUCACGCCGAUGAACGCCGACGUCAUCGUCCUGGGCCUGCAGAGCAAGGACCAGGCGGAGCAGUGGCUCCGGGUCAUCCAGGAGGUGAGCGGCCUGCCUUCAGACGGUGCGGCCGAGGGAAACCAGUACUCCCCGGAGGCCCAGCGCCUGAGCUGUCAGAAGGCAGAUAUAUCUGAGAAGUACCUGUCAGCCUCGGAGUAUGGGAGCUCUGUGGAUGGCCACCCUGAGGUCCCCGAGACCAAAGAUGUGAAGAAGAAGUGCUCUGCGGGCCUCAGACUGAGCCACCUGAUGAACCUGGGCAGGAAGAAGUCCACCUCGCUGGAGCCGGCAGAGCGGUCCCUGGAGACAGCCAAUUACCUGAACGUGCUGGUGAACAGCCAGUGGAAGUCACGCUGGUGCUCCGUCAGGGACAGCCACCUGCACUUCUACCAGGACCGGAACCGCAGCAAGGUGGCCCAGCAGCCCCUGAGCCUCGUGGGCUGUGAGGUGGUCCCAGACCCGAGCCCGGACCACCUGUACUCCUUCCGCAUCCUCCACAACGGCGAGGAGCUGGCCAAGCUCGAGGCCAAGUCUUCCGAGGAAAUGGGCCACUGGCUCGGCCUCCUGCUCUCCGAAUCGGGCUCCAAGACGGACCCAGAGGAGUUCACCUACGACUACGUGGAUGCGGACAGGGUUUCCUGUAUUGUGAGUGCGGCCAGGAACUCCCUGCUAUUGAUGCAGAGGAAGUUCUCAGAGCCCAACACUUACAUCGACGGCCUGCCCAGCCAGGAUCGCCCGGAGCUGCUGUAUGACGACGUGGAGAUGUCCGAGCUGACGGCCACGGUGGACCCCGAGGAAGCCGCCCCGGCCACAGAUGCUCCGAGCGAGCUCGACCCUGACCGCAUGUACCUGGACCUCACGCCGGUCAAGUCCUUCCUGCACAGUCCGGGCGGCACCCAGGCCCGAGGAUGCUCCCCCACACCGCCCUGCCUGGACCCUCCAGCCGACGCCCUCCCUGCCGACCCGGGCCCCGCCCCAGCUGAGCCCCCCGUCGUUACAUCUGCAGAGACCCCCGAGUUGCAGCAGGGGCAGCAGGAGAGUCCGGAGCCGGGGGAGCUGUCCCCCAGAAUCUCGACGGUCAGAAUCCAGACCGAACAGCAAAAACUCUCCUUCCCAUCGAGCUGCCCCGACGCUGUGGCUGUCACCCCGGCCGGGACCAGCACGCCUGCAAAGGACAGGCUGAGGGUGACCUCUGCAGAGAUCAAACUUGGCAAGAACAGGACAGAAGCUGAGGUGAAGCGGUACACGGAGGAGAAGGAGAGGCUGGAGAAGAAGAAGGAAGAAAUCCGGGGGCACCUGGCUCAGCUCCGGAAGGAGAAACGGGAGCUGAGGGAGACCCUGUCGAAAUGCACAGACAAGGGGGCGCUGGCCAGCCUGGAGCAGAAGCUGAAGGAGAUCGACGAGGAGUGCAGGGUGGAGGAGAGGAGGCGCGUGGACCUCGAGCUCAACAUCGUGGAGGUGAAGGACAACCUGAAGAAGGCCGAGGCCGGGCCCGUGACGCUGGGCACCACCGUGGACACCUCCCACCUGGAGACCGUGAGCCCCCGACCCAAAGCCGCCGCCCCCACCCCUGCCCCAGACUGUACCCCAGUCAACUCUGCCACGGCGCUCAAGAAUAGACCUCUUUCCGUCAUGGUCACAGGCAAAGGCACCGUCCUCCAGAAAGCCAAGGAAUGGGAGAAGAAAGGGACCAGUUAGGACACAAGCGUCGUGGCAAGCCUCUCCUGUGCACGUGGACCCUGGCGACAACCCCGCUUCGUCCA